AUGUGGUCAGGUACCGAUUCAAGUGAAAUCCUUUGGAUUUGUUUGGGCAUAGGGUUGAUUUUAAUAUUCACUCUGUUUACCUUAAUGGUCUUGUUUAAAUGGAAGCACCUAAAGCAACAAAAAGAAAAACUGGAAAACACAGACUCCUCUGUGGAGCUGAACAAUAUUCUCAAGGCUAAUACUGAAAGCAGAGUGAACACAGAAGAAAUUAGACACACACUUCCAAGUGAAACAUUAAUGUAUUCAGUGGAAGAAUGCACUUGCAGUGACUGUGGCUUGGUGAAACCUCAGACUGGCUGUGAAACUUCAUUUCCAUUACCAGCUACUGAAGAACGAGCUACUGUUCUAGUUACCACCAAAUCUUUUGAUUAUUGCAACUAUGUUCUGGGUGUUGGGUGA